GGCAAAACACCUUUGAUACUCGCUGCGACGAACGGCCAUGAAGAGAUUGUCAAUAUUCUCCUUAGCCGGGGAGCUGAUGUCCAUAUUACCACGCCAGCUACGAAUUAUACAGCUCUGCUGAUCGCUAUCGAAUUCGGUCACUGGUAUAUUGUUGAAAUUCUCAUCAAGCAUGACUAUACUGUUCUACAAGCAAAGACAAUUGAUGACAAAAUCCCGAUACACUUAGCUGUGCAAACAGGACACUAUGAGAUUGUGAAGUUCUUGCUGAAUUCGGGCUUUGAUUCAAAUGCAAGCUCUUCAAGAAGUGGGAAUUCUUUGCUACACGCCGCCGCUAGACAGGGUCACUUCCUUGUGUUAAACCAAAUUUUAGAG